AUGAGGUCAGCCAAAGAGCAGGCGGAUGUCGUGACCAACUACUUGCAGGACGAAAGAGCGCAGCAGAGUGUAAUUGAUCCACCCUUCAGCGACGGAAGAACAGCUCAAGUCAGUCCGUUCGGGGUGAUUCCCAAACCGCACCAACCAGGCAAAUGGAGACUAAUCUUGGACCUUUCUUCUCCUCACGGGCACAGUGUCAACGACGGUAUAGAUCCACAUCUCUGUUCGUUGUCGUACUCAUGGGUCGAUGAUGCGGCGACGCGGAUCUUAGCGUUGGGGCGAGAAACGCUGCUGGCAAAGAUGGACAUCCAGAGCGCUUACCGGUUAAUUCCAGUACACCCGGACGACCGUCAUCUGCUUGGUAUGCGCUGGCGCGGGUCGGUGACCCUAGCUGCAGCACUGCCAUUCGGGCUUCGGUCAGCACCCAAGAUUUUCUCAGCGGUGGCAGAUGCACUUCUGUGGGUUAUGUUCCGUAGGGGCGUCUCGUCUGCCAUACAUUAUCUGAACGAUUUUCUCUUUUGCGGGGCAGCCGGUUCCGGGAAGUGCGCACAAAACCUGGCAUCUGCCCUAACCACGUGUCGGGAUCUGGGUAUGCCCGUAGCCGAUCAUAAGACUCAGGGUCCGAGUACAGUAUUGACGUUCUUGUGCAUUGAAAUUGACACCGUGCACAUGCAGCUUCGUCUGCCAUCAGAGAAGCUGGCGCGCUUGCAGGACGUACUAUUGAGUUGGUCGACUCGUCGGGGAGGAACCAAGAGGGAACUCUUGUCUCUGAUCGGCAGUCUUCACCAUGCGUGUGCGGUGAUCAAACCGGUUAGAGCAUUUCUUCGCCGUCUAAUCGAGUUGUCCAAUGUUCCUAAGGCGCUCCAUCCUUUUUUCGCUUAA